ACACCACACACGAUUAAGUCUCAGUUUUAUAAGAUCAGACCACGGGAAUUAAAAAAAAUAAAAACAAUAUAAAUUUCGACAAAAUUUAAAAAUUUUGUUAAAUUUUUAAUUAAAAACAGUGAAUAAUGGAAGAUUUAGAAAAAUUAUUAAAUCAUGAAAAAGCAAAGCAUACAGUGGCUACCAUAGAGGGUGGCAAUGUUGUGGCUGGACAACCGGAACUUAGUAAGGGUACGGAGUAUUUUGAAAAGGCCUUAGAAUUGACUACUUUUGGCAAAUUUAAUUACAUUAUUAUCUUUAUAUCCGGUCUCAUACUUGCCAAUGUUUUGCUGGAAACUUUGGCCAUUAGUUUUGUUUUACCCGUCUCCGCCUGUGAUAUUAACUUAUCGAUUCAGGAACGUGGCAUAAUGAGUGCCAUUGGUUUUGCUGGUAUUAUUUUUAGUUCCCACUUAUGGGGCUUUUUAGCUGACACCCAAGGCCGAAGGAAAAUCAUAAGACCUACUUUAUUAGUAGCUUUCUGCAUAACAUUCUUAUCCAGUUUUUCUAAUGACUUUUGGACUUUGGUUAUUUUAAGAUUCCUUAAUGGUUUUUGUGUUUCUGGUGGUUCUGCCACUGUUUAUGCUUAUUUGGGCGAGUUUCAUACACAAAAGAAUCGUGCUCGUGCCAUUAUGGGAGCUGCUUUUAUUUUUGGAUUGGGUGCCAUGCUUAUGCCCGCCAUUGCCUGGCUGUUCAUUAAUCAGGAAUGGCGUUUUGCUUUACCAUUUUUGGGCAUUACCUACAAACCCUGGCGUUUGUUUAUGGUAAUUUGUGGUAUUCCUGGUCUCAUUUGCGGUUUGAGUUUAUUCAAAAUUCCCGAAAGUCCCAAGUACUAUUUGGGCCAGGGUAAAGAAGAUAAAGCUUUGGAGAUUUUAAAAGAUAUUUAUCAUAUGAAUACAGGAAAGCCAAGAGAUUCUUAUCCGGUCACUCGUGUCACCGAAGAUUUGGAUCCCAAUAGUAAACCCCGUGUUGUUGUCAAUAAUGAUAAUAGAAAUGCCGCCAGCAUAUUACUCAGAUCGAUGUGGACUCAAACACAACCUCUAUUCAAUCGUGAAUAUAUACGCAAUACUCUGCUCAUCUGUUUCAUACAAUUCUCGAUCUUUGUCACCUCGAAUGGCAUGUAUAUGUGGUUCCCAUACAUUUUGAAUAGUGUAGCUGAAUUUAUGUCGGAAAAUCCUGGCAAUACAACCUAUAUUUGUGAUGUAGUCUAUGCUAAACAGAAGGUGAUGAUGCAAUUGGAAUUGGCACAAAAUGAUGCCUCCAUAGAUUUUACACAAGAAUGUAAUGAGAAAUUGGAAAUCAGUACUUAUAAACAUUCUUUGGUUUUGGAAGUUUUAUAUGCUGUAGGUUUUGCUUUUAUUGGAGCUAUUAUUAAUAGAAUCGGUAAACGUAUUAUACUUUUCGUUUGUUUGGCCAUUUGUGGUAUAUGUGGUGUUGCUACCAUUUAUGUUGAUAUACCCAUGUUGGCUAUAUAUUUAUAUGUCGUACUCUUACUUUGUGGUUUGGUUAUUAAUGUCUUGAGUGCUGCCACCGUGGAUCUAUACCCUACGCGUCUAAGAGCCAUGGCAGUAUGCAUUUCCCUUAUGAUGGGUCGUUUGGGUAGUGUAGUGGGUGCUAAUGUUGUAGGCGCUCUCAUUACCAAUCACUGUGAAGCGGCCUUUUUAACCUCUGGUAUUUCCUUAAUUGUUGCUGGCCUAUUAGGCUUUUUGAUUGCCAAAAAUCCCAAGAUUGUUAUCGUCGAUACUUCGAGACGCGCUAGUUUGGUCUCUAUGACGGGGAACUAGUCUAAACGAUUUUAUUCACAAAAAACAUGUACUUUAUGUUUUUAUAUAAAUUUUUUAUUACACCUAUAAGUUAAUAUUGAGUCAAUAGUUUCCCAAAGAAAAAAAGGUACUGCAUAUUUAGUUUGUAGUAGUAUUAGAGUAGUUAGUAAAAAUUAGAAUUAAUCUUAAAGUCUGAUUUCAUCAUAAUUACCUGAUCACUUCCUGUAAUCUAUAAGUCUGCAUAAUAUAUAUAUAUAUUUAUUUGAUAUAAAUAUGUACUAUAAUAAUUAUUAUUAAUUAAAUUAGUAAAUAAAUUAAUGUUUAAAA